GACGCUAUAACACAGUAUACAUCACAGCAUACAUGCUCCCUACAAAGAUAAACGUUUAUGGAAGUCAUUCGAAAGGCUGUAACUUGUCAGCGUUAUCUGUUUAUAUCAAAUCUUGCCUUUUUCGUCUGGGAACGUCUUCACACCGGUUUUUAGAAUCCAUUACACUGUCAUAACCUCGUCCUGCAGACAUCUUUAUUUUUCAAAGAAAAGUUCAGCAAUAUAACCGCUAAAAUCGCAAUAAGGUUAAAACCGUGUCAACUCUAGAUCUUAUCGAAGUGCCGGGAAGAACGGACAGUGUAAAAAAAGAAUCUCGAUUUAAUAUGAAGACUUGCAUUGCGGAUCCCUGAAUAACGUUGGAACACGACAAAGGUGAGAUUCCAGGCGCCCGGUCCAAAAUGGCUCUUUUGCGACGUUACUUCAAAAACAUCAUCAUCCUCCUCAUUACCCUCAUCGUGUGCCUAUCCGUUCUCCUGAUCGGCCAGAGUAUCAACGACAAAAUAAACGGCAAAGAGGCCCAAGGGUUCUCAUCGUCGCUCCGAAAGCUGCGUCCCGUAGACCUCCCCGGCGUGGUCAAACAGGUUGCAUCCCGGAUCAACGGCGACGUCGCCCACCGCAACGACGUCUCCGUCAAAGAAGCCGCCUCCUACGACGACGAUGAUGGUGAUGUCGAUGGAAACGAGAGUGACGUCGGCGAGGAUGAAGAAGACGGAGAUGUUCUUCAGGAUGUCGAUGGUGUCGAUGGUGAUGCGUUCGAUGGCGGAGUCAUUGGCGCCGAUAAUGUAAUGAAUGGAGAUCAGAUGAAUAAAAUGGAGCAGUUGAACCUUGACCCCUCCAUGUUAAAAAUCAAAGAGAAGAUGAUUGACAGACAAGACCACCUCCACACGGCAUGCGCUCGUAUGGGCUUGCGCAAACUCAAUCUCGAGAACCCGAAAGAUAUGAGUGACGUCAUCGCUCACAAAGGAAACCUCGACACUCUCUUUUGGAACGACAAGUAUAAGUUUGUAGCAUCGGUCAUUUACAAGAGUGGCUCAGGGAACUGGAGGAAAUUCUUGAAGGCAUUAGCGGACAGUCAGGGCAAGGUCAUAAACUUUCCACCCCAGAUACAGAAAGCUCACUACACGCCGGAUAAAGCGCUAUCAACUCUGACAAAAAGACCUCCGGAAGUCAAGUAUCGACUCGCACAUUACGUGAAGAUUGUCACGGUUCGCCAUCCGCUUAUCCGAUUCCUCUCAGGCUAUCGCGAUAAAUUCAUCGAGCACGUCGAUAGAUAUCGCAAGGACAUUCCGAAGAUGAUUAUUGAUUCCCGAAAGGGCGAUGCGCGCGCGUCUCGAACGAAGCACGUGACUUUCUCUGAAUUCGCGGACUUCAUCGUGUCACCCGGUACAGGCAGUGAUGAUCCACAUUGGACUCCGCAGCACAUCCGCAGCCGACCAUGUGAGCAUAAUUAUGACAUCAUCGUUAAAUUAGAAACGUCAGACGAUGAUAUCGAUUACUUCAAGCGCGUCGUGGGUAUCGGCGAUAACAUGAGGUUUCGAUCGGAGUAUACCGACCGCCAUACAGUGAGCAAUAACGAAACAUUGGUUACAUCAUACUACCAGCAACUGAGCGAAGAAACAUUCCAAGCUGUUUGUGAUUCUUACCGCGCGGAUUUCGAACUGUUCGGUUAUUAUCGCCCGAAAAGUGUGAAAGACGUUGCAAGAAUUUUUGACGACUUCUUUUAAAGGGAUAGUUGAGUUCUGUUUUCAGACCACAAAUGCCUUCAAAGUGCAUGGUUAUUGCUCUUAUUCUUAUCUAUGAUAUUUCUAGUGCCCUUUUAGAACCUCCUUGCUAUGAACGGGUAAUUUUAGACCCCAAAAUGUGUGAAUUUAGCCAAUACGUUCAUACUAAUUCAGCUCCACGUU